CUGGAUGCCUUUAGGAUGAUGACCGCGGCUCAUUAUUACCCAAAGCUCAUGAGCAUCAUGGGGAACGUUUUGCGCUUCCUGCCAGCUUUCGUGAAGAUGAAGCAGCUGAUCCAAGAGGGUUACGUAGGGCAGUUGCUGGUGUGUGAGGUGCAGGUUCACAGCGGAAGCCUGCUAGGCAAGAAGUACAACUGGAGCUGUGAUGACCUGAUGGGAGGUGGGGGUUUGCACUCAGUUGGCACCUACAUCAUCGACCUCCUGACCUUCCUCACCAGCCAGAAGGCCGUGAAAGUGCAUGGGUUGCUCAAGACCUUCGUGAAGCAGACGGACCACAUCAAGGGGAUACGGCAGAUCACCAGUGACGACUUCUGUACGUUUCAGAUGGUCCUGGAAGGCGGCGUGUGCUGCACGGUGACGCUGAACUUCAAUGUCCCAGGGGAGUUCAAACAAGACAUUAUUGUGGUGGGUUCAGCAGGACGGCUGAUUGUAAUAGGCACUGAUCUCUACGGACAGAGCAAUAGCUCUCCUCAGCGGGAGCUCCUGCUAAAGGACUCUACGCCGGUCAGCAACUCCUUACUUCCAGAGAAGGCCUUCAGCGACAUCCCAUCGCCCUACCUCCGAGGCACCAUUAAGAUGGUUCAAGCUGUCCGGCAGGCAUUUGAGGACCAGGACGACAGGAGGACCUGGGACGGGAGGCCCCUCACAAUGGCUGCCACUUUUGACGACUGUCUGUAUGCCCUGUGUGUGGUGGACACCAUUAAAAAGUCAAACCAGUUGGGGGAGUGGCAGAACAUUUCAAUCAUGACUGAGGAGCCAGAACUGAGCCCGGCAUACUUAAUCAGCGAAGCCAUGCGGAAGAGCAGGAUGUCUCUGUACUGCUAGCUCCUCUCAGCUCCUAAGAAAGAAUAGGAACCAGACAGCUCUUGAACAAAAUGGUAAUUCAGCCCGUGAAGGGCUUGAGCAUCUUAGAAACAGCUGAGGAUAUGGGAGAAGGAAAUAGAGUGUUUGGAUCAAGUAAAUCUGUUGGUGGCUAAAAGCCAAAGUGAUAAGGUCCUUAGAAAUGCCCAAAACAGACAGGAGACUUAAGAGCUGACAUAACUUAACUGUUCUAAUAACAGUAUUAGCUGGCUGAUUGAAAAGAUAUAUCAUGGACUCAUCUCCUGCUUGCAGGUGCUUUAGAUUAUCCAAUUGUGUUUACUGUGAAAGGUUGGGAAGAUCCUUUUAGAUUUUCCUUACCUACCAGAGGGCUGUGAAGGUACUGUCAUGUCAUUAAAUUUUCUGUAGUGUCUGACAUGAAUGGUUCCUACCAUGACAGCUGAUACCACCGUGCUGUAGUACUACACCUCUAACCAACACACAGAAUAAUAGGACUUGGUGUGAAAGUGUCGCGUGAUAUGGAAAAUCUCGGCAGCUCACUUUUCAUAUAGCUUGUUAGGAGCUUCUCUGUGUUGGUUUAGCUAGUUGUUUUUUGUUUUGUUUUAUUUAAAGCACAAUUAAUUAGGAAAAUGUGUGGCUUUUAAAACAAAGCAGUCCUCACCCACAGUGCAUGUGCCCUGGUAUUGGGGAAGGGAGGGUCUUCUGUGAGCUCCCGGUAAGCUUCGGUGUUAACUGCACAGAUUUGCUGAUUAAAAUGGGUUGUGCAAAAUCUUCAUGGAUGACAAGUGGCAUGACACAGUAGUGAUAGUGGGUUUUAUUAUACAGCUGAACGCAGGCUAGUCUUAUGAAGGUUUACGCACAAUUUCCUAUGUCCAGGGCUGACUUUUGAGUGAAUUCAUCAUGCAUCGUACACGUGGGUGGUGUUCUUUUAAACCUUUGUGAACUCACACUUGAGAGAUGCUCACCAACAAUUAAUUUCAUAUAGCUCAACCCAGAAGCUUUCACCUCCGCUGAGCGGUGAGUGUGAGUGAAAAACAAAAGGGAUGAGAAAAUUUCCCAUCCAUUUCCAGGGUAAAAAAUUAUGUAAGACCCCCACCUCUUCACCUCCUUA